CCUGCAGAAGAGAACAAGAGAGAAGCUGGUGAACGUUCUGUCUCUGUGUGGACAAGAGGUUGGCCUCACCAAAAACCCCUCGGUGAUCUUCUCGUCCUGUGGGGACCUGGACAUGAUGAUGGAGGUUCAGGGGAGCGGCGUGUCUUCGGAGGAGGGAGGAACCAGAGAAGACACGCUGGAUGACACGGCGUCGGAGCAGCAGUUCAGAGUGUUCCGAGACUUUGACUUCCUGGAUGUAGAGCUGGAGGACGGAGAGGUGAGACAGUUACCAUGGAGACAGAGACACACCCACACUAAGGGUAACCAUGGACACAGGCCACAUCCUCCGAUACUGUUACUAAGGAGACAGGCCACACCCACUUAGACUGUUACCAAAGACAGCACCAGGCCACUUCCACACUGACGUUACUCAUGUACAUCUUUGCUUUUACAAAUGUAUAUACAGUAUUCUCCCUUUUUCUCUCCCUUU